UGCUGUCUGUUCUGUUCUUCAGUUUUGAAAGUAAAAAAUAGAAAGUAAUGAUAUGAAAAGCAAUGAUACAAUAGUCAAGAUUUUCUGGAAAAUAAAAAAUAGGUACUACAAAAUGAAAACUUGAAAUGUAAGAUGUAAUUAUUCUAGAAUCACCCUUUAAUGAAGAAAUUAAAAUGUAUUUUCCUAUCGGCUGGCCAAAAGUUAUUAAAAUCCCUGAUUUGGGUCAAUCAAGUAUCAGGCAUAUAACCUGUAAUAGGGACAGGAUACUGUUUGCUGUUGUGACCGAUGAUUCUUUAGCAAUAUGGUUCUACAAGCCCUGUGUACCCAUAGUUUUUCAACGGCGUUCGACAGAAUCCAUAGAAAAAUUUGGGACAAAUGUUAUUGCAGAAUGGAAACCAGAUUCAAGCAUGAUCGUUAUUGCAACUUCAGAAGGGCACCUGCUCUAUUACAAAAUUGGUGUUCCGUCCGACCAUAAAGGUCUCUACAAUCAAACAGACUCUCCAAACGCAAAUCUACGUAGAGAUAGUGCCGAGUUGUUCAUCAAAGAAACCAUUCCACCUCUAACACUAACGUUGAGCGAUGAAAUCAUGGUGUGGGACGGUAGGAUAACCGGAAUGGUGUGCAUAACGAUGAUGGAGGUCAUGCUCUCCACAACUAACGGUCACGUUCUCAGAUACCGAUGGGAUGGCAGUCAGAACAGAGAUUACACCCUGGAUCUACGAAGGAUACCAUUCUGCAUCAACCAGCAGGUGUCGAAGGCAAUUCCCAUCGUCGAAGAAAACACAUAUAUCAUAGAAAUCGAAUACUCUCCGCUAGUCGGUGGAUUUUCUAUAGUCCUAAACGAUGGAAGAGCUGCUUUUUUGACGGCUUCCUCUUUAAAAUUCGACCCGAAUCAAGUGCAAGGAAUUUGGGCUCAAGGUAUCGAAGACGCCACUUCUACGACAAUAAAUCACAAAUACAGGCUCAUUACUUUUGGCAGAGCGAAUUCGGAAUGCGUGGUAUAUUGUGUUGAUGAAAGUACUGGUGGUUUGGAGAUUUCUCAUAACUGCGUCCUGAGUAGCAAGGACUAUCCAGGGUGCCCCGGAACUGUGAGUAAGAGCCACCAAUGCCACCUGUACCUUCAGGGCGAAGACAAGCUCUACGUCAACUCGGCCAACACCCUGAUCCGAGCGUUUUCCGAACGCUCGAAGAAGGACGACUCGUUUGGCGAAAACCCCGGCUCUUUUUCCACAACGCACGCCGAGGGUCGACAGUGGUUGGUCAUUCCCAUCCCCUCCACUUACUCCUCAACCAAUUGGCCGACGCGAUACUCCGCCAUCGACGCUGACGGGGCGAACGUGGCGGUCGCAGGCAGGACCGGCCUCGCUCACUACUCGAUGCUCUCGCGGAGGUGGAAGCUGUUUGGCAAUGAGACGCAGGAGAAGGACUUCAUCGUCGCCGGCGGGCUGCUGUGGUGGAGGGACUAUCUUGUGAUGGGCUGCUACAGCAUCCUCGACGGCGGCGAGGAGUUGAGGUUCUAUCCGAAAGAGGCCAAGUUGGACAACAGGUUCGCGAAGAUUGUCAGGGUCGCGGCGCCAAUUUUGCUGAUGAACGUCCACCACGACCAGCUGAUAACUUUCGGGUCGGACGCACAGGUGUGCAUCUGGCAGAUGCGGCAGAACGAUUCGGUAGGUGACGUAGACUUGACGAAACUCCAAGUAGUUGACAUAUCCGCUCUGGCCGUCCAUCCGGCUUGCAUAGCCUCCAUAACCUUGACUUCUCUGAGAACUGAGACGGGCCGUGGCCACCAUAACGUCUCGGAGAGUAUGGUGUUGAACGUGAGCGGACGUCUGUUGCUUGUGCAGAGGGAGGUGAGAAGCGGAGAGAAAUAUACCUGCCUGAUGCCGACGGUGCUGGCCAGUUGCGUCGAAAAUGUCUGGGUUCCCGUGCAGAGGAGAUUGGACAAGGUACAUACGUUCAUGUCGAAAAGGAUUAUGCUCCCUUUUCAUCUCAGGAUUUACCCUCUCGCGAUACUCUUUGAGGAUGCGAUAUUAUUGGGGGCAGAAAACGACACAGUCUUAUACACAUCAGACUCAAGCUCGCCGUUUUCACUCCCGCUGAGCGUUUUACAACGUACGAGUCAAGUGUACUUGCACCAGAUCCUGAGGCAGUUGAUAAGAAGGAACCUUGGUUUCCACGCGUGGGAAAUAGCGAGGAGUUGCAUGGGACUGCCGUACUUCCCCCAUUCGUUGGAGUUGCUUCUGCAUGAGGUAUUGGAAGAAGAGGCGACUAGCAAGGAACCGAUCCCAGAUGCUCAGCUGCCGAGUAUCAUAGAAUUCAUCAUGGAAUUUCCCGUGUAUCUAGAGACUGUAGUCCAGUGUGCGAGAAAAACUGAAAUAGCGCUUUGGCCUUAUUUGUUUUCGGCGGCGGGGAAACCCAAGGACCUCUUCCAGGAGUGCAUGGCCAAAGGACAGCUCGACACUGCUGCUUCGUAUCUGAUCAUUCUCCAGAAUUUGGAAACGUCAUCACUGAGCAGGCAAUACGCAACCCUGCUUCUGAACACCGCAUUGGACAAAUCCAAGUGGGAACUUGCCAAGGAUCUCGUGCGUUUUCUUAGAGCGAUAGAUCCCAACGACGUGGAAUCUGAAUCGCCGCGUACCUCCUUCAUCUUACCUCCCAAACUCGGUAUACCUCAACCUCCUCCCGCGGUCAGCCCCAACGCGGAGGAUCUCUCCCUAAUUUUGGGAAACGUUCAAGGGCCGAGGGUGAGGAGUUACAGCACGACAGUCUCGCCGAAACUGGUCGAGAGAUCGAACAGCAUGGUGAGCAAUAUCGGCACCGUGGUGGAGUCUCCAGUACCUGACAGAAAAAAAUCUGUGCCAAAUUCCGUAGGAAACGUUAAGAGUGAUAGUAGAGCCCCUUCGAACAAUAAUAACCCCGAAGAGACUUUCAUAGAUGUGAUAUUACAGAAACACGCCCGUAGGUUGUUGUCCGUCCGCCGUUUGACCGACUUGGGCUACUUUGCGGCCCAUUUGGAUUUCCAUUUAGUGUCGUGGUUGGGAAAAGAGAGAGAUCGCGCAUCUAGAGUAGAUGAUUUCGUCAAAGCAUUUAAGCAAGUCCACGAAGACUUCAAUUGGCCGUAUCCUACCCCGUCGUUGGCGGUGUCUAGAAAAAGUAUCUCUUCUUCGCAAUCGCCGCUAGAGAGCCCCACCGCCCACAUUGAAGACCAGCUCCGUUCGCUCAAGGUGGACGUCUACAACUACCACACGAGCUCGAGCAUGGUGGGCGACAGCGGCUACAUGUCCUUCCAAGACCUCCCUUGCACUGGCCUAAUCACCCCUGCGAACACUCUAGAGCAGUCGAGUCGAAUGGCAGACACGGAGAUGGGUGAACACGGAACGAACAAAAUCGACCUCAUAGAACGCGAUCUGUUCGACAGGAAAGCCUCCGGUGCUUUGACACCCGGCCUGCAGCUCGGCCUGAAGACGACGACGCUGGCGUCCGUUGCGGACGAAUCCGUCAUGAGCGCUGUCAGUUCCGUGUGGGGCGACGACAGGGAUCUGAGCGUGACGGGCACCGAUAACUGGGAGAUCCCCUCCGCGCAGAUUCUGGAGCAGCUGUCGACUGCCGAUAGUAAAGGAUCGCCAAGAGCCGAAGUCCAGUUGAGGUAUCUUCUGCAAUUGUUCAUGGAGGCAGGUUGCUUGGAGUGGUCGCUGCUCUUGUCGGUUUUGUUACGAGACGCCAUGGCGGUAGUGCGAACCGUGAACGCCGCCAAAUCUCAUGAUCAGUCCAUAGAAGCAGUGUCCAGGCUGCGACAGGGCCUCAUUAUUUUGAAUUAUUGGACAAGUACCGAAUGCCUUGGUUAUAAAGCCUUCAUGUUAGCAAUACAAAAUCAAAUUUCCGUCCUAACGAGAAUCUUGGAAACCAAAAUCCAACAUCACCAAAUCGUCGAGUACCAGCAGGCGCUGUCGGCGACCCUGAAUAAGGUCACACCAAAGCAGCCGCGUUCACGAAAGACCAGCUCAAAUCAUGAAGGCGGUAACCAACCGACCGCUACUGUUGAAAAAGGAAAACUGGUUUCUAGCAACGGCUCCCACCACUCCAACGAAGCUUCGAGCGAAGGGAACACGGGGACUCUUCAGGAAAGUAUAGAUAGAAACGUCACGGAUAAUCCCCUGAUUCCUGAGAGCACAGGCUGCGUCGUGUCUUAAUUCGCUACAGUACAGUAAUGGAUCUUUACACAUGUGUCAACAAUUUAUAUAUACGGCACGAAGUGAGAAUGAUUGAAAUCGUAACUGGCAUUGUUUAAAACUAUCGCAUUUGCGUUCUAAUGAUUUAAUUCUUCCCCCAUUUAAUGUUCUUAUUUAUCAAUAAUUCACGAUAUAGUAUAUACGAAGUCAAUUCGAAUGGCAUGGAAACUAAAUAGUUACCGAACGUCGGCAGUUUCUUUGUACGGCAUGGGCGGCGUCAUCCACCCAACCAUAUUUAACAUUAUGUGUGACGAACCACGUUCAAAGAUUUAUAUUCAUAAUCGAGAUAACCCCCUACCUCGUUGCGAACCAUUUCUAGAGUUUGUACCUUGUUUUCUUCGUAAAACUCGUAUAGAAUUCGGCGUAUAACGUUUUUGUCGGCAUUAUCAACCUUUUUAAGUUUCUGAUUAUUUUUUUAUUGUUUUACGGAAUGAUCAAUGACAUCUCUCUAACAACAGUAUAAAUUGUAGCACGAGCAAGUUUAGUCAGUUCACAAAUCUUUUUUAAAAAUAUCGUUUUGUGAGGCCCCACGCACUUCACUUUACAAGUAAGUGUAAAUAUUUAAAAUAAGUCUUUGGAUUUGAGUAUGCGUCUUCAUUUAAAAAUUCCGACGCCGUAGAAAUAUCCUUCAACAUUGUCCACUCCAUUAUAAGAAAUAUCACGAAAAGGUCUCCACAACGCCAUCUUGAUUUAAUAACAACAACAGUCGGUUCCUGCUCUCAGGUAUUUGGAUGUCAUUCCUUUUCCAUAGAAGGCCUAAUUUAUAUCUAUCUCCUAUUUUUCAUCAUUUUCAGAAAGACGAUUUCGGUUGAUGAGAAUUCCGAAAAAUUCAAUCGAAAAUUAAUGUUUCAUCAUUCUUAUCAAGUCAUUGUUGUCAUUAUCCUUUUCGCAAAUGUGCAAUGAAUACACUCUGAACACUUGCUUCUUGUUUUCGAAUUACAAGGACCAUGUAUAGCCUACCUCAAUCUACAUUUGCUCGCGCAGAGUAUAUUAUGACCAAUCAGUAAAAGCGGACUUUCAUUUUUGAUGUGACGUGCCAAUCUGUCAAGAUGACAUUUAGAAGCACUGCCAACGGUAUGAACUCCUCUCAAAACGGAUUUUUUUCAUCAUUUACUUCAUAUUUAUGCUUGUCCACUGUAGGCGACAGUAUAAAAUUCGCUGUGAAAUACCCGCAAUAACUUCAAACUGUCGUAUGAUAGUGAUGCGUCAUUAAUUUCUGAUUUUGGACUGGAACUAACAUGUAUGUACUACUAACAUGUCCAAAAGCAACUGCUUGAAAAUCCUUUUUCCUCGCCAGAACAAAAGUACUGUCUAGCAUCAUCAGAAGAUUGCUAAGUCUUAGUCAUCUCCUGAUGUUUUUGACUUAGUUAGCGAAACACACUUGGAGAGUCAGUAUUUUUGUUCUGGUGAGGUUAUCAAUCGAUAAACAUAAACGUUAACUAUUUUUCCUCUUGUAGAAGUAAAGGAUAUCGUAUAAAAGAAUGUUAUUAUGUUGAUGCGCAUGUGUAAUGAUCCCAAAGUGUAACUAUCGAGACUGACGAAUUUUUUUUGCCAAGGGAGUAUCGAUUCACGAUUUUCAACAUCUCUUGCAGAAUUGCAAAAUUUAGAAAAUUUUCAGACGAUCUCACGUUCGUGCAGAUACAGUUAUCGAUUUAUGAGAAUUAAUUUUAGCAAUAAUUCAAUUACUAGAUACAAAUUGGGUGAUAAAAGGGUUCGAAAUUCAAUCACGAGAUUCGUUGCAGAUAUUUCUCAAGUAAGGGUAAGACGAAUAACUUUUUAUACUGUUGAUAUCAAUAUAACCUGAUAAGACUAAUUAUUUUUACUAAUACUCUUCAAUUUAAUGUUUAUUGUAUAUUUAUUCAUAUGUAUAUGCAUUAUUUUGUUGUUAAUUGUAUUAUUAUGUUGUAUAAUGAAACUUUUAGAUAACAG